AUGUCUGCUGAAGAUCAUGUACCAGAGUUUAAUAUUGAAAACCAUGCAGAAGGGGAUGCCAACGCCGAAUCAAUCAACGUUGACACCUAUAACCAGCGCAUGAAAUUGGAGAGGGGUCCGUCAUUUUUGCAGCACAGGACAACUUCAGCUUCGUCUCAGUGGCAGCAGCAACACCACCACCACCAGUUACCCUCAUCGCGGUUGAAAUCCACGAGAUCGUUCGAAACCGAAUUUUCAGGUCUCACAUUGUCGUUGACGAAUUCAGGUUCCGCAGCUCAUGAACGCAAGUUUGCUCGCACGGUGCCUUCUACACCGAUGAUCCAUGAAGACUUGGAGUCUCCUUUGUUGGCGGCCAAGCAUUCCUUAAACAUUAGAUCGCAGAUUUUUCGAAAAAGCCUUGUUAGUCCGCCCCAUAGACGCUUUUCCAAAGUUGGAGAUGAUGAAGCAGUAGGAGGAGUAUCUGAUAUUAAUGAUGACGACGACGACGAAUACACAUCUUUGAGAAGUUCAAGGACGCACGAGUCGUCAAAUUCAAACUCAAACUCACAGUUUUUACUAGCUUCGCCGAUGUCGCAUUUACCCAUUAUACAGACUAUUAGAGAUUUUUAUAACGAUUUCACCACUAUAGAUUGGACCAAGGCUUAUUUAAAAGGCAACCAAUUCAAUUAUUCGCUAGAGAAAAACAGGUGGAUAGGAGUCGAGAAUGUCGAUGAUGAUGAUGACAAUUAUGAAGAAAAGAUUGCAAAUUCCUCUAUUCCAUUCCUCCAAAAACAAUACUUUAUACUAGGCAAGUGGAUAUUGAUUGUGUUUGUCGGGUUGUUUUUCUCCAUCAUUGCAUUUGUCAUUGAUAAAUUUGAGCUUUUGCUCGUGGGUGUCAAGCACGGCUACUGCAAGACAAAUUGGUUUGCUAGUCAAGUCACCUGCUGUGCAAAUGCCGACAAUAGCAAACAUUCGGGGCUGUUUAACCAAGACACUUGUCCGCAAUGGAUUAGCUGGUCUAAUUACUUUGAAAAUCUUUGGAUCUCACAGCAUAUAAGGGUAGAUUAUCUCAUUUAUGUCGUCUUGUCAGUAACAUUGGCAUCAUUGGCAUGUUUGGUUACUUUGACUACUAAAAUCACAGGUGGAGCCGUCGAUGACGACGACGGCAACGGAGGCAACACCAAAGGUUUUACAAGUGGAGACGCGUCCAAGGCUAACAAGCGAGAUCACGUUAAUCGCACAAAGCCAAGAGUCAUCUACACCGCAAAUGGGUCGGGUGUGCCCGAAGUGAAAACCAUCUUGUCGGGCUUUGUUAUCCGCCGUUUCUUGGGUGUUUACACCUUGUGUGCCAAAACAAUUGCACUCAUCUUUGCCAUUGCAUCUGGUAUGUCCCUUGGUAAAGAAGGCCCCUAUGUGCACUUGGCCACAUGUGUUGGAAACAUCACUUCAAGAUACUUCCCGUUUAUUUACAAGAAUGAUUUGUUUGAAAAACAGAUUUUGUCUGCGAGUGCAUCAGCGGGCGUUGCAUUGGCAUUUGGCUCACCCUUGGGAGGCGUGUUAUUUAUUUUAGAAGAAAUCAAUAACUAUUUGCCCAGCCAUCAAUUGUUCCAAGUGUUCUUUUGUGCCAUUAUAUCAACAUUGUUUUUGAAGUUUUUGAACCCUUAUGGGACGGGGAAAACAGUGUUGUUUGAACUAGAGUACUACUCGGAUUGGUAUCCAUUGGAGUUGCUUUUUUUUGUGUUUAUCGGCAUCUCGGGCGGAAUAUUUGGAGCAGCAUUUGUCAAGUUUGUCAACUGGUGGCCCAAGAAGUUUCGGUCUCUCAAAUACAUCAAAGAUAAACCACUCUUUGAAGUUUUCCUCGUUGCCACUAUAACAGGGCUCGUCACUUUCUGGAACCCCUAUACCAUCCAAGCAUCGACAGAAUUGGUGUUGGACUUGGCCACUUCGUGCUCUGGUAGAGAACUCGAUCGUUCACUUUGCCCAACUACCAAAGAACAAUUUGUACGCGAAAUUGGCUCAUUGAUGGUUGCCUUGAUCAUGAAAAUUGUCUUGACCUUCAUUACAUUUGGAUUAAAGUUGCCCUGUGGCAUCUAUGUUCCAUCCAUGGUUGCUGGAGCCUUGUAUGGACGAGUAUUUGCCAUGAGCAUUCGCUACUUGGGGUUGCUUUUCAAAGACGCGACAGAGAUGCUGACUGCCACCUGCAUGCCGAGCUCAAUCUACUGUGUCGAUAUGGGGAUUUAUGCCAUGAUUUCGGCCGGUGCAUUCAUGGCGGGCGUCACCAGAAUGAACAUAACCAUAGUCACAAUCUUGUUUGAGUUGACUUCCUCGUACACUUAUGUCUUGCCCAUUGCCGUUGCCAUUGCUGUUGCCAAUUGGGCCGGCGGAUUGAUUGAGAAAAACUCGCUUUACGAAUCCUUGCUCGUGGCCAACGACUACCCAUUCAUGUCCCCCGAAACGGAGCCAAUCGACCCUAGAGUCAUGGCCAUCGACAUUGUUAGCGCCGACUUGAUACCACUGAAGAGAAGCUCCUUUCACGCUUCAACGGCAAAGGAUUUAAUCGAUGCCAAUCUGAAAAUCUUUAUUGACUUGACUGACCUGAAUAUGGUUUCGAUUGAAAUUUUGCAACAAAAAUUGGUGAUGCUUGCAGAUAGAUGUUUGUUGGAUGGAUGCAUUCCACUAGUCAAGAACCAAGUAUGUGUGGGGCUUUUAAAUUUCUCCGAGUUGGAAAUAUGCCUUGACAGAAUAGAAUCAUUUGUUCAAGAAUACGGCGUUAGAAGUGACAACAUCCAGUGCAAAUUGAUGCAAAUUAGUGGGCAAUAUAGUUUCAAAAAUAAAGUUGUCCAGCAAAAUAGCCAUGCCCAGGAUUAUUUUUCAUACGGCUCGACUAUGCAAGUGGAAGACCAAGAAGAAGAAGAAGAAGAAGGAGAAGAAGAAGAAGAAGUGAGAGAAGGGGGUGAUUUCGAUCUUGGAUGCGCUCUCGACGAAUUAACAGAUUUGACGAAAUAUGUCGAUAGAAAGCCAAUUUUUAUCAAUCAUGAUAACGAGUUGUCCUUUGCUCAUUUGAUCUUUGAUAGAAUUGGCACUAGAGUCGUUGUCUUGUUGAAAAACGGCAAGUAUUACGGGGUUUUGCAUAAAAAGGUGUUGAUUGACUAUUUACGACGCGUUGAGUCUGGCCUGCAUUGA